AGUGAGUCGUCGUCUCCUGCCGACAGAGUGCAGGAGCWCACAAUCUUUUUUCCGUACGUCGACGAUCGGWAACAAGACUCGCUCGCAUCGUUUGCAUACCGGUAGCGUGGCACACUAUCCUACCAGUGGUGCAAGAUGAGGGCCCCCGUUUCGGCAMGAGUUGYUMUCUUGGCGAUGUCCAUCUACUCUGCCGUUCUUCUGUUGCUGUUAGUCCCCGGACYGGCAAAGGCAUCCUCCCCCUACCGGGUGCCGAGCCACCGCCAGCGGCGGAGUGGGACAGCACCCCRCGGCGAUCCACCCCUGAGCCGACGCCGUCGUCGACGGGUCGACGCGGACGAUUGCGACGGCAGCAGUGGCGAARGCKAUGGCGAUGGUGGCGAGUACGACGUGUUUUUCCCUAGCCUCGACGAUUCGGAUGGCAGCUUUCACUCGCCCUCUUCACCCAGCCAUUUUGAUCCCGACGAGGCCGUUUCGUCGUCUUCCGAUGAAUUCUUGGACGUCGAAGACCUAGGCAGAAGCAACAGMAACGGCAGUAGCAGUGCCAAGAAACGGCCGAGAUCAAACCGAAGAAGAAAGCUCGAGAAGGCAGAACAAAUUCUCGAGGCUCUGGAACGGGAACAAGAAUUGGGAAGCCGGAGUCUUCGAAGCAUMAAAAAACCAAAGCGGAAACCGAAAUCGUCGUUGCGAAAAGGAUCCUCGACAAGGAAACGACGACGAAGGAAAAAGAAAACAAAGAAAAGGAAUGCCAAACUAUCGAACAAAAGAAGUGGAACAGGAGGAGAAGUCAAAAGCGACAAUUCUUUGAAYRAAAAAGAAUUUUCAGGGUCGACAAACCACAUCGCUGCCACAAGCUCGGGGGAGAGCAAACCGAUGGCCGGCGCUGCGGUCUCGCCGACCAUGCCGCGAGCGUCUUCGUUUGCGUCGGCACCAAAAUCRCAUCCCGACCGCACCACAUGGGAGGUGCCUUCCUAUUCGCACAAGAUUUCUACCAUGAUGAAGAAAAGCCACACGACCUCUCCUACCAAACAACCCCAAACCAACAAACCCAAACCGAUGGCAACAACCGUGCCAAAGACUACGAGCGCAACCACUGGCAUUGUCCAGCGUCCGGUUUCCGCGCCCGGUAGUCCAGCAUUUGUAACACCGAGGAAAACCACUGCUGCACCGAUACCCGCUGYCGGUAGUGUCRCCCGCACGAAACAGGGUUCACCGGCCACAACUUCGGGCACAACCUCGGGCACAACUCCCUGGGUUCGCAAAUUCUUAGCGGGAAGGCCGAAAGGUACGUACUACACUYCAAUGCGCUUGCACACUGUCGGAGGAUUCCUUAAAACACGCUUAUUCACGUUUGUUGCAUUCGUUUGCUUCUCUCGUGUYAUUCAAUAGACCGGUUGCUGCCCCUCCCUAGGGAUUACAUAUCUGAUAACUUCAAUUUGGCGCAAUUGCCUCCCAUUGUGGAACGCAUCGGAUAUGAGGCUAUGGGAGACAAUGCCAUUUCGGUAGCGAAGGCUCUUCAACAGCACCGAAUCGCCAAAGCGGCGGAAGCCGAGUCGAACGGAACAACGCAAUCGAAGUCCGCGUCUUCGUAUGUCAUCUAUAGACGUGCUCUCCAUCUCAUAUUGAAGGAGGAAGGAGAAGAAAAUGAUUCGAUGGUAGAAGAAGACUUGAUCAUCCCACCGUACGCGGUUCAAAAAGCUGCCGAGACCCUCUAUCUCAUGCUUCACGCCCGGUUUGUGGUCAGCCCRCGGGGCCUGGAAGCCAUUCGACACGUGAUGGCCCAGGACAACACAGUCUUUGGAAAGUGUCCCAGAUCAACCUGCCGGGGAACAGGUCUCCUGCCCUACGGGUAUUCGAACGAUUAUACGAGCGAUGSUACCAUCCCCACRGUGACUUCCGCCAUGCGRAAGGAGCACGAUUCGUGCUGUCACCGAUACUGCCCCUCGUGCGGAGAGGUUUGGAUCUCAUGGGAGUCCAAGACCGAUGGGUGUGCCUGGGGUCCGAGUUGGUGUCAUUUGUUCCUGCUGGCCUUUGGCACCCAAGUGUAUGCCAGAGAACUCGCGGAAGCAGCGUCCCGAAGGGAAUCGCUYUCGUCUUACACACCACCACCAUCUGUGGUACCAUCUCCGCUGUCUCGUUCCUUUUUGUCGCGAAGGGGUAGCAUAACCAACGACACCAGUGAUUCUAGUGUCGAGAACGAUCCCGACGCGGUGUUCUCGUCUCGACCAACUCCAUCGGUAUUUGGUUUCCGCAUUCAUCCCACAACGGCCUUUGGGAGACCCCUGAACGAGCCAACACUGAGAGGAGGUUCGUACGAAUACGAAUACAAUUCAUGAAAGGCAGAAUGCCCAAGCUUCUAUCCCAGCUGUUUACUUACAAAAUCCACCAUCCUUGGACACCGGCCUUGCAAAACGCAUCGAUGCGCUGAUCUUUGCAAAUGUAAGACAAGGGAGGAUGGUGUUGCUCUAUGGAACUUGUGUAACUUGAGUCCAUUUCGUGUUGGAACAAUUCACAACUUUUGUUCUUCAAUGACAACAUGGUUACUAACCAUAUUAUUUGAAYAGGAACAAACCGAAUUCCACGUC